CAAUGAGAACCAGUUGAAUAAUUGUUUGUGCUGGAUUUAUAUAAUUGUAAGCGCAGUCGUAGCGCGUGUUCGUGCUAUUUUUCUUGUAUUCGUACAGUUUUUGAACGCAGGACAGUCGACACGCGUAUCUGUUCUGUGUGGAGUCGCAGGAUAAAAGCACCGCGCAGCUCGUAGGGUGGCGUGUGUUUUCAUCCUUUCCCUUCUAAAGGGAAUGCCGAUCGAUUGUUCAUCAUCAAAUCGACAACAUUACGCAAGUUUUGUUACAGAUGAAUUGACAUAUCCUCAAAGAAUCUCAAGAUGAUCGGACUUUUUGGCACCUGGGACUAUGUUGUCCUGUUGCUGGUGCUGCUUAUUUCUUCCGGUAUUGGAGUGUAUUAUAGAUUUACUGGAGGAAAACAGAAAACUGUUCAGGAAUAUUUAUUGGCUGAUAAAAAUAUGCCGGUGAUGCCAGUUGCAUUCUCGUUGAUGGCAUCAUUUAUGUCUUCUAUUACGUUACUUGGUGUAUCCAGUGAGAAUUAUACUUUUGGCCUUCAAUUCAUCGUCAUUAACAUCUCGUACGGCAUUUUCACGCCGAUAGCAGCGUAUUUAUAUCUUCCAGUUUUCUUUAGGUUACAAGCCACAAGUGCUUACGAGUAUUUGGAGAAGAGGUUUGGAAAUGCUUGCCGCUUGGCUGCAUCCUUAGUUUACACAACCCAAAUGGUUCUGUACAUGGGUGUAGCCUUGUAUGCACCCGCCAUAGCUUUAGAGGCAGUGACAGGAAUUAGCCAAUUGGCUGCCAUUUUAUCUGUUGGAAUAGUAUGUACAUUUUAUUCAACGAUUGGAGGUAUGAAAGCCGUUCUGAUGACGGAUGUGUUCCAAUCUCUGCUCAUGUUCGCCGCCGUAUUUAGUAUAAUUAUUUGCGCCUCCAUGGAUGUUGGGAUAGAUGGCAUUUGGGAGCUAGCAACUCAAGGAAGACGCACAGAACUCCUAAAUUUCAGUAUAGAUCCAACUGAAAGACACUCCUGGUUUACCUUGAUAAUAGGAGGAGGCGUUACGUUUUUAUCAUUAUAUGCUGUGAAUCAAACUCAGGUCCAAAGAUACUUAACAGUCAAAAGUCUUAAAUCAGCGCAAACGGCACUGUGGCUCAACUGGCCUAUCCUGACGCUGCUUAGUUUAAGUACCUCAUUUGCAGGUUUAGCGAUUUAUUCAAAAUACCAUGAUUGCGAUCCGGUAUGCGCAAAACAAAUUACCAACCGUGAUCAGCUAAUGCCGUAUUAUGUCAUUGACACCAUGGGACAUAUACCUGGACUUGCCGGACUCUUUGUAGCUGGUAUUUUCAGCGCAGCCUUGUCAUCAAUAUCAGCUUCAUUGAACAGUUUAGCAGCAGUCACAAUAGAAGAUUACUACAAACCUUUAUAUAAGAAGAUUUGGAAAACAGAUUUACCCGAUAAGGCAAUAAAUAUCCGCACCAAAUUUAUAGCUUUAAGUUACGGAAUUGUAAGUAUAGCGGUUGCAUUCAUGGCGCAAUUUCUCGGGGGAGUCCUUCAAGCCUCGUUAACUAUUUUUGGUGUAAUCGGAGGUCCACUUCUUGGAUUAUUCUCAUUAGGAAUGUUUACCACUACUGCUAAUCAAAAGGGUGCUCUGACUGGAUUAAUUUCUGGAAUAUCUAUAGCUUUGUGGAUGGCUUAUGGAGAACCAAAACCUAAAGAUAAGAUACUCCCCAUGACCGUUAUGGGCUGUCCUGAUUAUCUGAAUGCAACAGCAACUUGUAUGCCUGAAUAUCAAGAUGAUGGUGAAUACUUUUGGCUGUACCGAGUAUCUUACUUAUAUCGCGGCGUUAUGGGAUUAAUAGUCACGUGUGUUGUUGGUUACUUAAGUAGUUACAUAGUGAACCAAAUAUGCGGAGCCCAGGAUCCCGCAACGAUGGAUCCCAAUUUAUUCAUACCACCACUUGCUAGGAAAUUGGAAAAACAAUACGACAAAAACUUAAAAAUGCACGAGACGAAAAUAGCUACAAUUUCAAAAGAGGAAGAUAAUUUUAAUCACCGAGGACAAAUUGUAGAUUUCCCAGAUGGAUAAAAUGCUUGAGUAAACUAGAAACAGUGAGAAUCAAUCUUGUUAGUGAUACCUUAGAUAUAGAUACGAAGAUUUAAAAUGUAAUUUUGUUUAAUUUUUACUUAUUGUUUUUAGAAAAAUUGUUGAGUUUUUUUUUGAAUCAA